CUGUGCGCCCCACGAGGGCUCUACUCGGCCCCAGCGGCCCCCGGGACGCUUCUGCCACUCGCCGGUGUAGGACAGGCUGAGCGGCCCGGGAGCGCGCAGGCGUGGUAGCUCCGGCCGCGCUUCCGGGACGACGCCGUGGGACUCUUUUGGCGCCGGCAGCGGCGCGAGUGGGGACGGCGGCCCGGAGGGCGCGGCCCAGCGCUCCGCGUUCUCGGUCCCAGCGGCGCCAUGCGCUAUAACGAGAAGGAGCUGCAGGCGCUGUCCCGGCAGCCGGCCGAGAAGGCAGCUGAGCUGGGCAUGCGGGGCCCCAAGAAGGGCAGCGUGGUGAAACGGCGGCUGGUGAAGCUGGUGGUCAACUUCCUCUUCUACUUCCGGACGGACGAGGCGGAGCCCGUCGGAGCCCUGCUGCUGGAGCACUGCAGAGUCACUCAGGAAGAGCCCAGCGGCUUCUCCAUCAGCUUUCUAGAGGACCCAGAGAGGAAGUAUCACUUUGAGUGCUGCAGUGCGGAGCAGUGUCAGGAGUGGAUGGCUGCUCUGCGUCGAGCCAGUUAUGAGUUCAUGCGGAGGAGCCUCAUCUUCUACCGGAACGAGAUCCAGAAGAUGACUGGCAAGGAUCCCCUGGAGCAGUUCGGCAUAUCGGAGGAGGCCAGGUUCCAGCUGAGCGGCCUGAAGGCAUGAGUCUGGGUGUGGGGCUCCUCAGCUUUCCUGCUGGGGGCUGGAUGAACCCUCCCUGGGUCCCAGGUUUCUUGGCCAAGCCUGGAUUUGCCGUGGGAGGUGUCUUGGGUUAAAGAUUUCAAAAGCCCCAGGACCCGCAGGGGCUGCCUU